AUGUCAACCGUUGUUAAUAGAAAGUCAUCACAUCAAUUUGACUCCCCGAAUAAUCUAUUGGAUCAUUCGUCUUCAAUGAAUGUGGAUAAAGUGGUUCAAUCGGUUACAAAUGCCACUAAGCGUCUAUCACAAAUAUCUACCAACACCAAUAAUUCCAACAAGAAAAGAAAAACUCAAAACAAAAUUGGACCUUGGAAAUUGGGUCGAACUUUAGGUAGAGGUUCCACUGGUAGAGUGAGGUUGGCUAAAAAUACCACCACAGGGCAAUUAGCCGCUGUCAAAAUUGUUCCUAAAUCAAACUUCAAAAAAUUAGAAAAUCCCAAAUAUAAACGCUCUAAAGAAGAUGCUACAAGAUUACCAUAUGGUAUUGAACGUGAAAUUAUUAUUAUGAAAUUAAUAUCUCAUCCAAAUAUCAUGGGACUUUAUGAUGUUUGGGAAAAUAAAAAUGAUUUAUACUUGAUAUUAGAAUAUAUUGAAGGAGGUGAACUUUUCGAUUAUUUGAUCAAACGAGGUAAAUUACAAGAAUACGAGGCAAUAAAUUAUUUUAAACAAAUAAUCAAUGGUAUCAAUUAUUUACAUCAAUUCAACAUUUGUCAUCGUGAUUUGAAACCAGAAAACUUGUUAUUGGAUUUCAAUAAAAAUAUCAAGAUUGCCGAUUUUGGUAUGGCUGCUUUAGAAGUCAAGGAAAAAUUAUUGGAAACCUCUUGUGGUUCUCCUCAUUAUGCAUCCCCAGAAAUUGUUGCUGGUAAAAACUAUCAUGGAGCUCCUUCAGAUAUCUGGUCAUGUGGGAUCAUUUUAUUUGCCUUAUUAACGGGUCAUUUACCGUUUGAUGAUGAAAAUAUUAGAAAAUUAUUAUUAAAAGUCCAAAGUGGGAAAUUUAAUAUGCCUCCUGAAUUGAGUUUUGAAGCUAAAGAUUUGAUAACUAAAAUGUUAAAAGUAAACCCAAGGGAACGUAUCACCAUUGAUGCUAUAUUGACGCAUCCAUUAUUGGCCAAAUACCCAGAACCAUCGGUUUCAUAUUCUUCUACUACCACUUUGGAUAUAAACAGUAUCAAUAUCAAACAGAUUGAAUCUAUUGAUAAAAUAGACAAGGAAAUCCUUAAAAAUUUAUCAGUUUUAUUUCACAAUUGUGAUGAAAAAACUAUAAUCUCAAGAUUAUUGUCACCCAAUAGAUGCCCAGAAAAAAUGUUCUAUUAUUUAUUGAUGAAAUAUCGAAACGAGCAUUUAUCAAAUUCGAAUUCAUUCAAUAGUAGCAAUGAUUUGGAUUCUACCAAAUCUUUACCAAGGUCAACUUCAUACGUAAAGACUACUGUGACCGAUCAUGCCACUGGUGAAAAACAUACCACAGUGAAAAAAAUCCAGCAAUCAUCUUCAAUUUACUCAAACCGAUCAUUAUUGAAAAAAUCUACUUCGGCAAAGGGGAAUGUAUUAUCAAAUAUCACCAAUAGACCAAACACCCCAAAACAAUUUAGUGCAUCCAAUUCAUUUAAUAAAAAGAAAGCUCAUCAUAGUAAAACCCAGAUAUAUGCAUCAAGAAGUAGAAAUACAUCAUCUCGUUCUUUAAAAUCAAAUUCAUCAGCUGGAAGAAAUGGUGUUAAUGCUUCUGCCACUUCGGUAAACAAAAUUCCCGAAAUUUCUGGUGCUACAGUUUUACAACCAAUUCCACUGAUGGCUUUGAAUAGAGGUGAAGAACAACAACUGAACAAAAUCAAGAAAAAUUUAACUGACACUUUUGGCAAUAAUAAAUCUUUAUUGAAUUUUCAAUUGAUUUGUGAAGAAGUGUUUGAAAAUGACAAGGAGAAUUCAAAACCACCACCACCACCACCAUCAGCGCCAGUACCAUCGUUACCACCACCACCAAUUGAGGCUCCAACAUUGAGAACAAACUCUGUGAAAAGAGGCAAAACAUGGUCAUUAGCAAGAAGAGAACGAGAAUUGGCUGAACAAGUACGUCAACGAAAUGAAGCUCGUGAAAACAAAUUAAAGGCAGAAGAACUUGCUCGGAAAGAACUUGAACAGGAAAAGAAACGUAUUGCAGAAGAGAAAAGACGUUUGGAACAACAAGAAAGAGAACUUGAUGAAAAGCAAAAAUUACAAGAAAAACAAAAAGCCGCCCUUGAAAAAUUGAAGAAGCAUCAAAGUGCUAAUGAUUUUGAAGGAUUGUUUGCGACCAAUCGUCGUUCGGUAACAGAUAUGCCCACAGGGUUAUCACUGUUGGAUCCAAGGGCUCACAUGGUUUCCAGAGCCAAUACUAUAGGGUCAUCAAAUUUGAGUAGUAGCUCAGUGAACAUUGAUGAAAAUGCAUCCAAAGUAUUGCACAAGUUUGGAAUUGACGUUGCUCCUUCACCUAAACGGUUUUCUCGUGCUUCCAAAACAUCGACAUCGAAAAACUUGUCAGCAUUUUUGGCACCUACAGUUUCCCGUAAUUUAUCAUCACAAUUGAAAACAUCAAGCUCAAAGAAUUUGGCAGGUUAUUUACAUGCUGCAACCGAUACUAAUGGUUCUAGUGGUGCUACCAACAAAAAGGAUGCUUCUACCAAUGAAGCACUUACAAUUGAGGAAUUCAAUGCAAAGGAAAGAACUGCCAUGUCACCUUCAAUUUCUAAAACAUCAGUAAACAAAAGAAAUAGCAAUCAAAGCAGUUAUUACCGGUCUAUGUUUAGUGACAAUGAUGAAGUAACUAAAGUUCGAACUAGAGAUAGUCGUUUACCUGUUCCUUCUGUUCAGGAAGAGCAACAACAAGAACAAGAAGAGGAAAUGGAUAUGGAAAAUUCAAUUGAUGAUGAUAAUAUUUCAUUAAUCCCAAAUCCAAGAUUCUCAAGAUUUUCUUUUGGUGGGUUAUUAGGAUCAAAUACUGUUGCCAAUGAAGAAGGAGAUUGGACAAUAAUGAAUAGUACCCUCAACCAUUCAAACACAGUUGUUAGGAGAACUCAUAAUAAAUCAUCUACCAUGUUGGGUUUAGGAAUUAAAAUGAGAGAUACGACAACAAUCAAAGAAGAUGAAGAAUUUGAGGAUGAUGAGAAACCAUUUAUUUCUGUACCUUCUUCUGAAGACGACGAAGAAGCGAAUGCACAAAAAAAUAAACAUGGUGGACUUCGUGAUAGUGGGAACUAUGAUUUUGAUGAAGAACAUUCAGUUGCAAGUACUGCUAAUACUGAAUACUCGGAUGCAUCUCAAGGACAAAUACCAGGUUCCCAUACCAUCCAUCAAAUGGAAACUGAAUUAUCUAAUUUUGAUCUUUUGAGUUAUAGAGUAGCUGAUGUUGGGAAAGUUAACACACAUAAGCCAAGCAUAGUCGAUUCCAAGGAAACUUUACUUAAAAAUCAAUCAUCUGAAGAAGCCACUAUUGAGGUUAAUGAAGAAGAUAAUGGUAAUCACGAUAGGAGAGAGGAUCAUGGUUUCAAUGGUAGAGAUGAUGAGAAUUAUGAUGAUAAUAGUGAAGAAGACGAUGAUGAAGAAGACGAUGAUGAUGAUGACGAUGCUAGAAGCUCAUUUGAAGCCAGACCACAUAGUCAUAAUUAUUCAUUAGCAGAAAUAACCAGUGAAAGUCCAGUAGGUGGAGGAUAUGAAUCACCUUCAAUUGCCAAUGAUUUUAAAAAGUCAAGACAUUCGACGGGUAUUUUCAGUACUACUCAGUUCCCACGAUCUCCAUAUAUUGUCAAUAAUAAUAAUGAAGCUUCCAAUAAAGAUGAAAUUGGUCAGCAACAACAACAACAACAACAACAACAACAACAACAACAAAUCAAACAUGUUUUAAAUGAUGAUCAUAAGGAAUUGAUUACCAGUCCAGUGCAAGAUACUUUUGAUACCAAGAAACCUGCAGAAUCCAAUUCAUUAUUUAGAAGAUUAUCAUUGAAUCCUAAUAGAGCAGCACCUAAAGCACCUAAAGCGCCAGCGUCAGCAUCAUCACCAAUAACAACUGCAGCUAAGGCUAAUAUUUCACAACCACUUUCAUCUCCUAUAAAAGGACAUAAUAGAUUUUCACGAAUAUCAGUUGGAUCGAAAAACAUUUUACAAACAGAAGAUAAAACUACCAAGAGUAGUAAUUGGUUUAAGAAAUUCUUCCAUUCAUUAACAACUACACCAAGUUCUAAAGAAGCACAAUCGGGAAAAAGUUCAAAUAAAGUAGCUUCUAAAGAUAUUAAAAUCAUUGAUACUUCAUUGACAGCAUCUCAACUAAUAAGGGUGAUUAAAUAUCAAUUAGAAUUGAAAAAAAUUGAAGGAUCAAUUUCUAAAGUUGAUAUUGAUGAAGAAUUUGGAUUAAUAUCAGGAAUUAUUCCAAGUAAAUUUGCCAAUGGUAGAAAAUUGAAAUUUAAAAUUGAAAUUAUUGAUUUAAUAAAUUCAUCUUCAUUACAUGUAAUUAAAAUAAAAGGUAAUGAUAAAGGAUUUCAAAGUUUGGUUAAUAUUGUUAGUUUUAUAAUUAAAAAAGAAGAACAAGAUAAAAUUUCAACAAAAUGA